UUAUCUUUAUUUUGAAUCAUAGGUGAAUCUGGAUUGGGAAAAUCUACGUUAAUAAACAGCCUCUUCUUGACAGAUCUCUACCCAGAAAGGAUAAUCCCAGGAGCUGCUGAGAAGAUUGAACGCACUGUGCAGAUCGAAGCCUCGACAGUUGAGAUCGAAGAGAGGGGUGUGAAGCUACGUCUGACAGUCGUCGAUACCCCAGGCUAUGGGGAUGCCAUCAACUGUCGAGACUGUUUUAAGACCAUCAUCUCUUACAUCGACGAGCAGUUUGAGCGAUACCUGCAUGAUGAGAGUGGCUUGAACAGAAGGCAUAUCAUAGACAACCGGGUUCAUUGCUGCUUCUAUUUCAUCUCACCGUUUGGUCAUGGCCUCAAACCUCUGGAUGUUGAGUUUAUGAAGGCCAUACACAACAAGGUGAAUAUUGUACCAGUGAUUGCAAAAGCUGAUACGCUUUCUCUGAAAGAGCGAGAAAGACUGAAGAAAAGGAUUCUGGAUGAAAUAGAAGAGCACGGCAUCAAGAUUUACCAUCUGCCUGAUGCUGAAUCAGAUGAGGAUGAGGAUUUUAAAGAGCAGACCAGACUCCUGAAGGCCAGCAUUCCAUUUUGUGUAGUGGGAUCCAAUCAACUCAUUGAAGCCAAAGGUAAAAAAGUUAGAGGUCGGCUCUACCCAUGGGGUGUAGUUGAAGUGGAAAAUCCAGAACAUAAUGACUUCCUGAAGCUGAGGACCAUGUUAAUCACCCAUAUGCAAGACCUUCAGGAGGUGACUCAGGAUCUUCACUAUGAGAAUUUCCGCUCUGAGAGGCUCAAACGAGGCGGCAGGAAAAUAGAAGAUGAAGAAGUAAAUAAAGACCAGAUUCUGCUUGAAAAAGAAGCUGAACUCCGGCGCAUGCAGGAGAUGAUUGCGAGAAUGCAGGCGCAGAUGCAGAUGCAGAUGCAAAGUGGAGAAGGAGAUGGCAGUGCAGUUCAUGGACACCACGUGUAAAGUCUGUG